UUCUUAAACCAAGUCUUCCAUCGCAGAAACAUUAUCUUCUUGGCUUAGCAGAGAAACAAAGGCUAAAAAAGAAAAGAAACCAUGUCUGUAUCAUCUGCUUCAUCUCUCAUACUCCCAUCUUUCGCACCCAAAACCUUAUCUUUACCAAACCAAAGACCCAUUUCACUUUCCCCCUUCUCACUUUCCCAUAGGCUCCAUGCAAAGCCCCUCUCUUGUUCUGCUCUUCAAAGCUUUGAGCUUUUAGCUAGGAAAUCUUUGUCUUCUCCUUCUAAGUUUGUUAGAAACGUUUCUGUUUCAUCUGAAUAUGGUCAGGAAGCGGGUUUAUUAGGUAGUGAUGAUGAAGAGGCUGCCAGUUUCUCCCCUGACUUGAAACUUUUUGUGGGUAAUCUUCCUUUUAGUGUGGAUAGUGGUCAGCUUGCCGGUUUGUUUGGAAGUGCUGGAAAUGUUCAGAUGGUUGAGGUGAUUUAUGACAAGGUAACUGGGAGAAGUAGGGGGUUUGGUUUUGUAACCAUGUCUACAACUGAGGAAGUUAAAGCUGCUGCUCAACAGUUCAAUGGUUAUGAACUCGAAGGGAGGGCAUUGAGAGUAAACUCUGGACCACCACCGCCUCGUAGGGAAGAAUUUUCUCCUAGAGGGGCAAGAGGUGGUGGUGCUACUAUGGGUGCUUCAAAUCGUGUCUACAUCGGUAACCUUUCAUGGGGUGUUGAUGAUGUAGCACUGGAGACCUUGUUCAGUGAGCAAGGCAAGGUUGUGGAAGCGAAAGUUGUUUAUGACAGGGAAAGUGGUAGGUCAAGGGGUUUCGGCUUUGUAACUUACAAUUCUACUGAAGAGGUGGACAGUGCGAUUAAAACAUUUGAUGGAGUUGAGUUGGAUGGCAGACCAAUUCGAGUAUCCGUGGCCGAGACUAAGCUGAGACGCCAGUUUUGAGUGCGACUGUUAUCUACCGGUACUGCUAAAGUUCAAUGAGUAUGCACGGAAAGCAUGCAGCCGGAAGCCGGCGGCUGC